AUGCCUUUGCGGAUGCUCCUAAGGUUGGUAUCACAGUUUCAAUCAUCUUCAUUGGGUGUAUGUUUUAAGAAGUAGUUGAAAAUAUAGCUUUCAUGCCCGUAUAUAUCCGAUCCGAUCCCUCUCGACGAUGACAUUUGAUAUAAACAUGAUCAAACAUGUUGCUAAAAAUAUAAGGCGUUAAUCAAAUUAACCUUUUCAUCAUUAGUAGAAAAUGAAGUAUUAUACUUUAUUUCAACAAACAUAACAUUUACUUAUCACCAAGAUCAUUCGAGAGAGGUGUUUUUCUCUUUCCCCAAACAGCCAAAUUGUGGCAAUUCAAGGCUUCAAGCUGACUCAACCAAUAAUACCCAUAUAUUAUGGUAUUUAUUUACAGUUAUUAUUAUAACUGCUUUCAGCCUGAGAGAAAGUCAAGUGAUGAAUGCUAGAUUGGGGCUGUGUUCGUUUUGAUACAAACCUCCUAGGCCUUGCUCUUCUUGUCACAGUCAUGCUUUACAAAUUGUUGCAUAAGUAGCUAGGUGAAGCGUAAUCGUCCGAGUGAGCGUAGUCCUGAAGUGACUAUUGCUGACAGGGACUGAUGUUUCGACAACCUGUGCGGUAGUCAUCUUCAGUCAUCUUCUCUGUACCACCAUUGUUUUCGUUGGUUGGCGUUCUCUGAAGAACGAAGCAUAACACAACAGAUGCUAUUCUUAUUCAAUGACAUGCAAAUAAGUAGCAGGGUAUUCUGCAGUUAAGCCGUUGAUGGUAUUGAAAUCUGGUUAUUGACCAGUGGUCAAUGAAGUCAUGAUGUUAUAGGUCCUCUGUCUUUUAAGCUGUGAUAUUAUUGGCUGUGAAGACUCUUAAAUGCCAUUGGUGCAUUUUGAUCCAUCUAUUUGUCACAGUUUAACAGUUGUUUAUUCUUAGUCAAAUUGUCAAUCAAAUUGUCAAUUAUUCAAUCAUUCUGCCAUUGUCAGUUUGAGUCUGUCAAUGCCGUUCAUACAGUACUGGUAACAACAGUCCUUUGCAGGACUACAAUCAGCCGGCAAUCAUGCGCCACCUACUUAUGAAAUUACUCCCAGGUUCAAACCUUUCACAAAUUGUUUUUUAACAUAAGAACAAUGUAAUUUGUACAAGAAAGCAGGAAGGGUUUUAUCAAAGCAAGGCCAAUUUAAGUGCCAGUUCCUCUUACAACUAUAAAUAACCAUUUACGAAUAAAUUAGGGUAAGUACUAUAGGUUGACAUUUAUGCCAGUCAGAGGCUGUUGUGGGCUUAUAAAAUUUGUGCAAUUCAGGGUAUUCUUUGGAGAACAUGGGCUUAAAAAGUGACCUUUGAAUUGACAUAAUGGCAAGAUUACCCAGCUUUAUAUGACAUGCAGCAGUAUUUGUAAGUUGUAUGACUGGUGUGUAAAUCUCUGUAAUUUUAUAUACAUGCACAUGGCAGAGGAAAGAAAAAUAAUCUUCUUACAUUCCUCUUCUUUUGCACUGUUACAUGAAUGUUACACGGUGUAAAACUGACUCCUUGUAAUUCUUUUUUUUUGGUAUUAUAGUUAUCUGGCCAAUGAACAACUCGUUGAAAGAGUAAGUUAAUAAUUUUGUUGAUCAUUUUUUUACUGUAUACAAUAGGCAUAAAUCAUCUUUAACUUGGAAAUGGAAAAGGCUUUUCUUAGUUGUUAUGAUGAAUAGGGAAAUAAAUGGGAAACCAUUGUUCCAAAACUCCUCAAUUCACCCAAUAAACCCAUCCACAGGGUCUUUCUGUUGUCCAAUAUGGUGGUAGCAGGAGAGAAGUAUUUGGCCACCAAAUUAAAGGUCUCAAAAUAUUUCACACUGUGUACAGUGAGUAGCUUUUAUUGAGUUUUUAAGUGGAAACACUUGUUCCCUGAAAAAAGCAACAUAUAGAAAAUAAAAUGAUUGACAACUGAUCAGGAGAAUGUUCACCAAAUUAGGCAAAUACUGGUAUGAAUAAUAUUGAUGUGUACAUAAUGGGAUGAUAAAAAGUGUUCUCCUUAUCAGGCGGUAACCAGUAAAAUUUACCUAAAGCAACAAAGAUAACAAUGGCUGAUUUGCUUAAUGUAGGUCUUAAAAUGACGGAAUGACUCUUCAGAGAGCUAGCUCCUAAAUUUCCCAGUGAGGGUGGGGCCAUGUCCCUCACCCCACUACCCCCAGGAAAGUGCACCUCUGGCACAUUUUGUUUGCCUUGUUGGGCACGAAUGGUCCCUUACCUGCUUAGCUAAAAUUUUGGGCGAACACUGUAAAAAUGCACAUGUCAAAUUAAAAAGAGAGGGAGAAAAAAGGGAAACUAAGGAUCAUCGUAAAAUAUUUGUUAGGGGUAUUGUGGGGAAGUGGAUUUCAAGUCCAUGACCCCAAGAGGCUAAUUUAUUAUGGGCUAAAACUUAUCCUUUAACUCUUAGCGUUUGUAUAGGAGACAACAGCAAUAAAUAAAUUGAAGAGGGUGCCUAAAAAAGACGGUCCUUAACUAUGUCUCAAGUUGAUUUUAUGUCAAAUUAUAACAGCUUAAGCAAACACAAGUGUACUAAUCUGGAAGGAGCAUCUUAGAAAGUCACUUAGGUCAGUUUUCUGAAACCCUUUCAAUUUUAGACUCUGAAAUUAUUAAUACAUGUAUACUAAGCAUACUGUAGUACAAUCAGUAAUAAUAGGCUGAUUUAGCAACAGAAUGAGAACGUCAGUUUACAACGGCGCGCGCAAACUAAACAACUGGCUUGACCAAUGGCAGAGCAGCAAAUUGGACACCGGAAGUCUUGUUUAGUCCUUUCCGCAUGCUUUCCUGUCGUCAAAUGAUGUUCCCGUCCUGUUGCUAAAUCAGCCUAAUAAAUUAAAUUGAAUCAUUUUGGUUUAUCUUCAGCUUGCUAACUCGUACCCCAUCCGUCGUCUGGCCCAGCUUACACAUUACAGCUACAGACGAAUGACACUUUGGGGUACGUAAGUUGAGAUUCCUUAUUCAUAGCAGCUUCAUUUAGGCCCUCAUGGCAGUUACUCAAGCUGUGACAGUUUUAGUUUUUAUUUUUGACGUCUGAUAAUCAGUUGCUUGUUGAAGCAUUUAACAAGAAAAAUUAAACUUAAAAAAGUUACUUGACCUUUCGAUGUAUCACACAUUAUCAAGAGUGAGAAAUGUUAAGUUUAAAAGUGAUUUGUUUAAAGAGCUGAAGAUUGAAUACAUUAGGUUGUAUUCAUGUGUGCUUCAUUCAAUUGGAUUCGAUUCCCGCUAAACUUUUCUAUCAAGAAAUCUACAUAAUAAGGCAUGCACAAAAGCAAUCUAAUUUAUUCCAACUUCAGCCCUUUAAACAACUUUUGCUUGACCCUUGUUGUUUGAUCCUUUAUGUUCCAAGAGUGACCAACAUCAGUUUUCUCCUAACAAUACCAAUACAUGAUUAAAAGGAACGGUUAUGAGAAUAAAUAAAAUGAUCACCUAAGGGAUAAUGCUUUGAUUUUUUAUCAAAUUCUCUCAACCAAUUCUUAAAGGAAAUGUAUGGAGAUCAGUAUGGAGAAUUUGUAUGUGGAUAUUUGGGCUUAAAGGGUUAAUUUUUUUUUAAACAGGUAAUGAUGCCUUGGAUAAGGCUGUUAAGUCAAGCGAGGCAAAUGAAAACUUUCAAAGAUAUCCUCAAGCUACUGGGAGGCUUGUCUCCUUUACAAGAAAUUUCCUGAAAAACAUUCAAAAUGAGAUUGAAAAGAGCCAGCGAGGACCAAGAUAA